UGGCCUGAUGGGCCUCCAACCAAAUGGUUGAGGAAAAUGAAGGUAAAGAUGAUUAGGCAUUUAUGAAUGAGUGACUACCAAGUUAUCUUCAUAAAGCAGAGACAGUCACAGAUUGUCAAAAGUGCCCAUUUUGUGUCCUUUGGUAUAGGGUGAUUUUGUGUUCAACAAACAUUUAUCAAGUUUGUAUUCUGUGCCCUGCACAGUGCUAGGUGCUAGUGUUACACUGGUGAAUAAGAGAAAUCCUUCUUGGAUUUUAUCAUUUAGGAGGAAAGGUAGAGUUAAAACAAGGACCAGAGACCCAUGGGAGGUCAAUUUUGCCCAAGCAGUAUGUUGAGUAAAUGUUCUGGUUCUGGAUGAAAACCAUAGCCUCUCCCUCCUUCUCUGCAUUCCCAUGUCUCAGGGUAACUGUGGUUUAAAGAAAAAAAUAUAUUGAAAUCUGCAGUUAGGUAUCUGAACCUCCAGGAGCAUGUUAAUAAGCAUGUAUGGUAUUGUGGCUGGGGAGAGAUUGAGAAUGAACUUCUGGGUCAUCACAUUUAAAUCUGUACUUGCAAUUCAGACCAUGUGCUUGAGUAUAAACCUACAUUUUAAUUACUUUGCUUUUUGUUUAUAGGUCCAGGGGCAAGUUCAUCCUACUCUUGAGUCUAGUGAUGAUGCUCUUCAGUAUGUUGAAGAAUUAAUUUUGCAGUUAUUAAAUAUGCUAUGCCAAGCUCAGCCCCGAAGUGCUUCAGAUGUAGAGGAACGUGUUCAAAAAAGUUUCCCUCAUCCAAUUGAUAAGUGGGCAAUAGCUGAUGCCCAAUCGGCUAUUGAAAAGAGGAAGCGAAGAAACCCUUUAUCUCUCCCAGUAGAAAAAAUUCAUCCUUUAUUAAAGGAGGUCCUAGGUUAUAAAAUUGACCACCAGGUUUCUGUUUACAUAGUAGCAGUAUUAGAAUACAUUUCUGCAGACAUUUUAAAGCUGGUGGGGAAUUAUGUACGAAAUAUACGGCAUUAUGAAAUUACAAAACAAGAUAUUAAAGUGGCAAUGUGUGCUGAUAAGGUAUUGAUGGAUAUGUUUCAUCAAGAUGUAGAAGAUAUAAAUAUUUUAUCUUUAACCGAUGAAGAGCCUUCCACCUCAGGAGAGCAAACUUACUAUGAUUUGGUAAAAGCAUUUAUGGCAGAAAUUCGACAGUACAUAAGGGAACUAAAUUUAAUUAUAAAAGUUUUUAGAGAGCCCUUUGUCUCCAAUUCAAAAUUAUUUUCAGCUAAUGACGUAGAAAAUAUAUUUAGUCGUAUAGUAGAUAUACAUGAACUUAGUGUAAAAUUACUGGGCCAUAUAGAAGAUACUGUGGAAAUGACUGAUGAAGGUAGUCCCCAUCCCUUAGUAGGAAGCUGCUUUGAAGACUUAGCAGAGGAACUGGCAUUUGAUCCAUAUGAAUCAUAUGCUCGAGAUAUCUUACGGCCUGGUUUUCAUGAUCGUUUCCUUAGUCAGUUAUCAAAGCCAGGAGCAGCACUCUAUUUACAGUCAAUAGGCGAAGGUUUCAAAGAAGCUGUUCAAUAUGUUUUACCCAGGCUACUUCUAGCCCCUGUUUACCACUGUCUGCAUUACUUUGAGCUUUUGAAGCAGUUAGAAGAAAAGAGUGAAGAUCAAGAAGACAAGGAAUGUUUGAAACAAGCAAUAACAGCUUUGCUUAAUGUUCAGAGUGGUAUGGAAAAAAUAUGUUCUAAAAGUCUUGCAAAACGAAGACUGAGUGAAUCUGCAUGUCGGUUUUAUAGUCAGCAAAUGAAGGGGAAACAACUAGCAAUCAAGAAAAUGAACGAGAUUCAAAAGAAUAUUGAUGGUUGGGAGGGAAAAGACAUUGGACAGUGUUGCAAUGAAUUUAUAAUGGAAGGAACUCUUACACGUGUAGGAGCCAAGCAUGAGAGACACAUAUUUCUCUUUGAUGGCUUAAUGAUUUGCUGUAAAUCAAAUCAUGGGCAGCCAAGACUUCCUGGUGCUAGCAAUGCAGAGUAUCGUCUGAAAGAAAAGUUUUUCAUGAGAAAGGUACAAAUUAAUGACAAAGAUGACACCAGUGAGUACAAGCAUGCUUUUGAAAUAAUUUUAAAAGAUGAAAAUAGUGUUAUAUUUUCUGCCAAGUCAGCUGAAGAGAAAAACAAUUGGAUGGCAGCACUGAUAUCUCUCCAGUACCGGAGCACACUGGAAAGGAUGCUUGACGUGACGAUGCUACAGGAAGAGAAGGAGGAGCAGAUGAGGCUCCCUAGUGCUGAUGUUUAUCGAUUUGCAGAGCCUGACUCCGAAGAGAAUAUAAUAUUUGAAGAGAACACACAGCCCAAGGCUGGAAUUCCAAUUAUCAAAGCAGGAACUGUUAUUAAGCUUAUUGAGAGGCUCACGUACCAUAUGUACGCAGAUCCCAAUUUUGUUCGGACAUUUCUUACAACAUACAGAUCCUUUUGUAAACCUCAAGAACUACUGAGUCUUAUAAUAGAAAGGUUUGAAAUUCCAGAGCCUGAGCCAACAGAAGCUGAUCGCAUAGCUAUAGAGAAUGGAGAUCAACCCUUGAGUGCAGAACUAAAAAGGUUUAGGAAAGAAUACAUACAGCCUGUACAACUGCGAGUAUUAAAUGUAUGUCGGCAUUGGGUAGAGCACCAUUUCUAUGAUUUUGAAAGAGACGCAGAUCUUUUGCAGCGAAUGGAAGAGUUUAUUGGAACAGUAAGAGGUAAAGCAAUGAAAAAAUGGGUUGAAUCCAUCACUAAAAUAAUCCAAAGGAAAAAAAUUGCAAGAGACAAUGGACCAGGUCAUAAUAUUACAUUUCAGAGUUCACCUCCCACAGUUGAGUGGCAUAUAAGCAGGCCUGGGCACAUAGAGACUUUUGACCUGCUCACCUUACACCCAAUAGAAAUUGCUCGACAACUCACUUUACUUGAAUCAGAUCUAUAUCGAGCUGUACAGCCAUCAGAAUUAGUUGGAAGCGUGUGGACAAAAGAAGACAAAGAAAUUAAUUCUCCUAAUCUCCUAAAAAUGAUCCGGCACACCACUAACCUCACUCUGUGGUUUGAGAAAUGUAUUGUAGAAACUGAAAACUUAGAAGAAAGAGUAGCUGUGGUGAGUCGAAUAAUUGAGAUUCUACAAGUCUUUCAAGAGCUGAACAAUUUCAAUGGUGUCCUUGAGGUUGUCAGUGCUAUGAACUCAUCUCCUGUUUACAGACUAGACCACACAUUUGAGCAAAUACCAAGUCGCCAAAAGAAAAUUUUAGAAGAAGCUCAUGAGUUAAGCGAAGAUCACUAUAAGAAAUAUUUGGCAAAACUCAGGUCUAUUAAUCCACCGUGUGUGCCUUUCUUUGGUAAGCAUUUCUUGAAUUUUUUUGUGUUUCUGGAUAAAACAAGAUACUUAUUUCAUUAAAUGACUGAAUAUACAUAUGUGUAAUAUAGCAGCAGAAAAUGCUUAUUUAAUAAAUACCUAGCACCUGAGUCACCUUAGAAUUUUACUCUCUUUAUUAGGACUUUUUAAGAUCACACCCAACAUAUACAUUCCAUUUUUUAUUUCCAUCUGGGGCAGCUGUUUGAUAUCAUUUAAUACUUCUUUGUGCUUUAUAUUCAUAGAAAUCUUUUUUUGUUGAAUUUUGAUAAACCAUACAUUCUACAGAAGAAGUUUGGCCUUGGUCAUUUAUAUUUAUAAUCAUGUUUCUUGUAAACAGUUUCACAUAGCUAAAAAUCAUACUGCAUGCAUUCUUGAACCCACACCUUCUAUACAUCAAAAUUUUACCUGCCAUUUUUUCUUUCCCUUCUCACCAGAGGAAGGAAGUGCCCUUUCCUUCCUUUUAAAGCUGAAACAUGUACCAUCCAAAUCUUCACCCUUCAUACAGGUUCUUCUAUCUUAUUUCAUCAUUUAUUUCCUAUAUUUCACAUCUUCAGUAUCUCUUUCACAACUGGUUUCUUUUUUUUUUCUGUUUGUAUAUAUGCUCUGAUGAUUCUUCCUCUGAAUGCUUACAAAUAUCAUGCCUAUUACACAUAUUAUGGUGUAGGUUUUUUAGUAAGUAGUAUAUUUCCUUCUAGCCAUUUUCUCAUCUAUAGCUAUAUAUUUUCCAUAUAGCUUUAAGUUAUACUGUCCUGAUAUUUUUUCAAUUAACAUCAUACAGUUAUCACAAAAGCCUGUUUUUGUUCGAGCUUUUAUAACCACUUUUGUAUUUAUUUCUCAUCUUUUUGCCAUGCACAUUGUAUAUAGUCAUAAGUAUAUGACAUGUACACAUUAUUAUUUACUUUAACUUACCAUAUCUUAAACUUAUUGUUGUGUUUUAUCAGUCUUCAUAAUAUCAUUUAAAAUGGCUACAUAAUAGUCUCUAAAGUUGGUAUGACAG